GGCUUCCUCCAUGGAGGAGUCGGCGUCCGAUAACCUCCAUCAAGGAGAUUUGCUUUCUGGGACAUGGUUCACGGGGCGACUGGACUGAUUCUUCUCCAAAUAGCAUUUGGAAGAGGCGAGGGAGAGCUGACAUGUCCCCUGCUCACAAGCACAUCUCGCAGCACAGCCCUCUCAUUCUGUGCUUGGGAACACCCCUGUGCUUGAGAGGAAUGGUACUUCCUGCUUUCAUAAACAGUCAUGUGUACAGUUCAGCCAGGCCUGAUGCCUCUGGAGCUUUCUUUUUCUGAAAGGCACCAGUGAAUUGCCUUCCCGCUUCUGUUGGGUUUGUUUUUUUUUUUUUGUUUUGUUUUGUUUGUUUUUUUAUUUUAAUUUUUACAUGUUCUAUCUUCCGGCGCCGCCGAUUUCAUUGGCCUUCAGGAUUACAGCCCGGCUCCUGGUUACACGUAUCUUUUGUGCAAGUCAAGACACAGCAGACAAUCCUGGUGGGGACUAUUUUCUGAUUUUUCAAGAAACCAAGUAGAAGAUUGAGCUGCUGAUGUCAGUUAACUCCGAGAAGUCGUCCUCUUCAGAAAGGCCGGAGGCUCAACAGAAAGUUCCAUCAGCUCCUCCAGCUCCCCCACCACCACCUCCACUACCAGAGCCAGCACCACCUGAGCCAGAGGAAGAAAUUUUGGGCUCUGAUGAUGAGGAACAAGAAGACCCUGCUGAUUACUGUAAAGGUGGCUACCAUCCUGUGAAAAUAGGAGAUCUGUUUAAUGGUCGUUACCACGUUAUUAGGAAGCUAGGAUGGGGUCAUUUCUCCACAGUGUGGCUCUGCUGGGACAUGCAGGGAAAGAGAUUUGUGGCAAUGAAAGUCGUAAAAAGCGCUCAACACUAUACGGAGACUGCUUUGGAUGAGAUUAAGCUGCUCAGAUGUGUACGUGAAAGUGACCCUGGAGAUCCAAAUAAAGACAUGGUGGUGCAAUUAAUUGAUGACUUCAAAAUUUCUGGAAUGAACGGCAUACAUGUCUGUAUGGUGUUUGAAGUUCUGGGUCAUCACUUAUUGAAAUGGAUCAUCAAGUCAAACUAUCAGGGUCUUCCCAUUCGCUGUGUGAAAAGUAUUAUACAUCAGGUCCUCCAGGGCUUGGACUAUCUGCAUAGCAAAUGUAAAAUCAUCCACACCGAUAUAAAACCAGAAAACAUCUUGAUGUGUGUUGAUGAUGCUUAUGUCCGUAGAAUGGCUGCAGAAGCCACAGAAUGGCAGAAAGCGGGUGCACCACCUCCAUCUGGUUCAGCAGUGAGCACUGCUCCACAGCAGAAGCCAGUUGGAAAGAUUUCCAAAAAUAAAAAGAAAAAACUUAAAAAAAAGCAGAAGCGUCAAGCAGAGCUCCUAGAAAAACGCCUUCAAGAAAUCGAAGCGCUGGAGAGGGAGGCAGAAAGGAAAAAAACUGCAGAAAAUGAAAAUGAGCAGGAUGCUGAUAGCCAGCCAGAAGCCAAAUUGAAGACGGUUUGUCUGGAGGAUGCUACUGAUGAGGAGCCAGUCAAUGACUAUGGUAAUGUUUCUUCAGAAGGGGAAGAUCAUGAUGAGAAAGAAGAUACCGAAAAGGAAAUUGUUGAAAAAGAUGAUGAUGAGGAUGAUGAUGAGGAUGAUGAUGUGGAGCCAGAACUGGUGAACACAGAUCCAACAUGGAUAGAGUCUCCAAAAACAAAUGGCCAUUUGGAAAAUGGUCCAUUCUCCCUGGAACAGCCGUUAGAUGAUGAAGAUGAGGAAGAGGAAGACUGCCCAAAUCCAGAUGACUCUAACCAUGAUGAGUCAAAUGCCGAAAGUGAUUAUACAUACAGUAGCUCUUAUGAACAGUAUAACAGUGAUUUGCCAAAUGGACAACAUAAGAAUACGGAGUUAGAGUUCUCUGAUUUUUCAGCAGCAAUGUUUUCCGACCCAUUAGAGUCUGUAAAAUCUGCUUUGGCAGCUUCUGAGGAUUCCACAGUUAUAGAGCGGCAUGAAAGUAGCCCUUGCCAAGACAGAAGCAGGACGGUUUCCGCAUCAAGUACUGGAGAUAUGCCAAAAAAUAAAAUGCGUGCUGCAGAUCUGCUGGUGAAUCCACUGGAUCCUAGAAAUGCUGACAACAUUAGGGUUAAAAUUGCAGAUCUUGGAAAUGCUUGUUGGGUGCACAAGCACUUCACUGAAGAUAUACAGACUAGACAGUAUCGCUCCAUAGAAGUUCUCAUAGGAGCGGGGUACAGCACUCCUGCCGAUAUCUGGAGUACAGCUUGUAUGGCAUUUGAACUAGCAACUGGAGACUAUUUAUUUGAACCACAUUCCGGAGAAGACUACUCCAGAGAUGAAGACCAUAUAGCACACAUCAUUGAGCUUCUAGGCAAUAUCCCAAGACACUUUGCUCUGUCUGGAAAAUAUUCUCGGGAAUUCUUCAAUCGCAGAGAUCACAUAGCAUUGAUCACUGAACUGCUGGGAAAAAUCCCUCGAAAAUUUGCUAUGUUGGGGAAAUAUUCCAAAGAUUUUUUCACCAAAAAAGGAGAGCUUCGACACAUCACUAAACUAAAGCCGUGGAGUCUCUUUGAUGUUCUGGUGGAGAAGUACGGGUGGCCUCAUGAAGAUGCUGCGCAGUUUACAGAUUUUCUCACUCCUAUGCUGGAAAUGGUCCCAGAGAAACGUGCAUCUGCUGGCGAGUGCUUGAGACAUCCCUGGUUAAGUUCUUAGAAGUUGUUUUGGUCUUCAGAGUUGCUCCUUUGGAUCUAACCGCUGACUUUCACAGUAUCUAUAAAAGGAUUUUGAGUGAUCUGGCUGUGGCCUGACACUUUCUUUUUGAAGUACUGUACUUUGUUUCUGUUUUGUUUUCCUUUGCUUGGUGUGCGCUGUGGUCAUUGGAAAAAAUAGCCUCUAUGUCUUCAGCUGUAAGCUUUACUGACCCACUUUUUUCUGGGGAUGGGGGACUGGGGAGAAAAAAAGACUGAGAAAAAACACAAAAUCUGGUCUUGUUUUUCAUGUUACGUGGCAUUCAGAUGUCCAAUUUUUUGAACAAGGAGUACAUUUUUUCCAUGUGUCUGGCAGAUUUUGUAACUAUUUAUGAAGAUAGGUUUUAGCUGAUGUUGGGUAAAUCCAAGCUUUUGAAAGACAAACAAGGUCUAAUACAAGGCCCUGUAAACUUUUUACCUUAACCAAGGGAUUAUCAUUCUUGUACUAUAGUGUAUGUACAUUCACUUUGUAAAUGUUUAUUUUCAUUAACACCCUUGCUUUGCGAUUGAGGGCUGCGUUCUGUUCUCUGCCCAUCUAGCAAUGUAGGGUUACUUUACAGGUAGGGGGAUUACAGUUCCAAAGCAGAUUAGUCUCCUCAACACAAUUUUAUCUGCUUUUCUAGAAGGUGUUUAAACAUCUCCUGAGUUUUGGUAAAUGAAGCUGCUCCACGGUUUUUUUUUUAAACAAUUACCCCAAGUGGCACUUUAGGGGGAGUUGACUUCAAUGUAGUUAAAUCAGUGUAUGCACAUUGUAACAUUCAUAAUGUUUUGUAGGUAUUAAAAUUGCUGCAGCAACAUUUCAUCUUUGCAGGUGAGGCCAAGCCCAUCUUUGUAUACUUUCAGCUACCUCCUCUUUUGCAAAAUACAUUAGUCUGUACACUCACAACAGACCAUUUGCAUUGUAUGCCCCAUGAACUUGCCCAGAUUGGUCUCUUUUGGCACAGAGCCUGAACUUGCCCAGAUUGGUCUUUUUUUGCACAGAGCACUGGAGUAUAUAGAGAAGAUACACUUCUAUGAAAUGAUGCUCCUCCAACCAGAGUAUUUCUGUUUUAUCCCUUUGCCUUUUGGGGGGAGAAGUAAAAUCCUAUGUAGAAAACAUAUUGUAUAUCCUUUUGUUGAGGGGAAUUGUGAAAAGAACUAUUUAGUUUAAUAAAGUGGUGUUCAAGCCAAGGUAAGUUUGAAGAACUACUAGAGGCAGUAGGGUAUUUAAAAAAGGAAAUUGUGUAACUGCUAGGAUUUUGGAUCUUGGGUAGAACAGAUUCUCAACUUUUCCUGUGGCAGACUUCUACAAUAGUUAGUAUUCUUGUAGGAUCAUAUUAAUGUUGUACUUUACAUUAGCUAUGGAAAUUGCCACUGGGUUAUGAUGUGUAUAAUGUCCAAGUAAAACCUUUAUUAUAAUUUUGCACAUAUGCAAAAUAACUUAUUUUAAAAACCAACCUUAUGCUUCGGUAUGUAGUGCAGUGGGCUUAGUAGCUAUUAUUUGGUGUAAUAUUCUGAACAUUAACUAGCCCAUUUCACAAUUGCUUAGUUGUACAUAUAAUUCAGCAUUAUUUUUUUAAAAGAAAUGCACUGGUUACUUGUAUUUUGAAUAAAUGAACUACUAGCAAUUAAUUUUCCCUUUCAAUAUUCAGAUUGUUUAAGUGCUCCCUUUACAAUACAGAGUAGAAAUACUAUAGGUGAUGCAGAUUUUAGAAUGUAAGCAGAGAUCUGUUUAACCUUUUUAGAAGUCUGUGGAUUGAAUGUAAAUUUAUUUCUGGUUUUACAAAUUAUGGUGCCACUUAUUCUUUUCUCAACUUAUCCAUCUCGGUUUAAUCACAAGCCUUUGCAAUAAUUAGAUGUGAAAAUACCCCGUGUUGUAACAGUAACCAAUUGUGAAUUAAGGUGCUUGCAGUUGUCCAA